AUGGUUCAGCCAGGAAUAGCUACAGCAACAAAAGGUUCAGCUGAUAAAGUUGGGCAAGUUGGAAGUAAAACUGAUAACUACGAUUCGUCAAUAAAAAAUGAUGGCAACAAUAAAAAUUUUCAAGGUGAAGAGUCAGGAAAGCGACUCCAAUUUGAAGGAGUGGAUAAUGGUCCCUUUAGAGGAAGGUUUAGUCGUGAACUGAAAACUGGAGACUAUUACUUGAACAGUGAAUUAGUGGGAGUAAAUGAUAAAACUGGUGAUGUCUUUAUGAGACCAAUUAGUGAAACUAAAUCAGGCAGAAUGAUUCUUGAUGAAAUUCGACGACUAAAAAUUGAAUGCAAUGGACAAUUGAGAUACCAAGAAUUACAAAAGGUGUUGGACUGGACUGAGGAACAGGUUCCAGACACCUUUGAAAGCAAAGUAAUUGAAGACUAUCAGUCGACUGAGAAAUUGCUGAAUUUAGAAUUGAGUUAUUACUUUCGUGUGAAACUGAAAGGAUCUGACGAGAGAGGUUUAUAUUGUAACAAGAUUUCAAUGCAAAAAAGGCUCGAAAUGUUGUAUGAACAAUCACCAACAACAGAAACACCAGAAUCUGAGAUUUAUAACAUGGCAAAGGAUUUGAGAGUACAGGUUUUGAGGGUGGAUGAUCCAUAUAUCAAAUGUGCUCUUGAAGUUUUUGAUGCAGAUAUAAAUAAAGGAGAUGAAGCUGGUAUUUUCUUAGUGUGUGAAGUUGUGCGACAAGUGUUACGUGUGAAACUAGCAAAUUAUGUGACUCAAUUGAUGUUGAAGGAAUUCUCAGGAUUGGUGACUGCAACAGACUCAAAGUCAAUUAGAACAAUCAUGACUGAACUUCAGCAUGCACUGGAGCAAAGUGUUGAUCAUGGGCUUGAUUGUGCUAAUAAUCGUCUGAUGGGUGUUGGAUUUUCGUCGUUACAAGAGUAUCCAGUAUCUGAGUGGUUCACACCAGAGACAAGACCAACAAGAGUGUCAGCAGUUGUUGAAAACUUAAAGCGAGCAGUUCGGAACUAUGAGAAGGAUCAUAAACAGAAUACUGAGAUGUUCCCAGAUUCUUUAAUGAUGAAUGUUCUCUAUACUCAGCAUUUGGCUGCAUAUCAUUUAUGUUUAUCUAUGAAUGAGGUUUAUCAGCCUGAGUUGAAAGAGUUUCGAGAGAAGUUUGAGAAGACAAAAAGUACUGCAACAUUUUAUCGAGAGUUUCAUCCAAAGUACAGGAAGUUUUGUGAAGAAGGUAAUUUACCAGAGAAUUAUCCAAACCCAUAUAUUGCGUUUCUCAAGGAACUGACUAAGAUUUUUGAAAAGAAAGAAAGUGAGGGUUUUGAAGCCCUCAGAGAUUAUCCAUCUCCUUACUAUGAUGUGCCUGAUACUGUGAGUGCUGGCAUUGUAGUGAGGAAUGAUGCUCAAGUGCGCCAGGAUUCAACUAAUGGGGAAUAUGUGGUGUGCAAGAAGCUACACGUUGGUAGUUCAUUGCCAGUGGGCCCAAGAGCAUUAAUGGUUGAAAAGCGACCAGCUGCAGAAGUUCGACCAAAGUCCGAAAAUGAGUCAACAAAGAAGGUAAACAAUAUUCAGUAUGUCUCAGCUGUCUUCCAAGUGAAGAUAGAUGAGCAGAAGUCAGAAAAGAAACCGUUCAGUGAAGUGUAUGGUGAUUUACCAACUGAUAUGGCCAAGUGGACUGAAGAGCAGAUGUUUGAUGGUUUUGAAAAAUUACUUGAUGCGUUUCCAGUGGAUAAGUUUCUUAUGCCAUUGUUUAAACCUCAAGUAGAUUUCCUGGUUAGAAUGCAUGGCAAAGAUUAUGCUGAGAUUGAUGAAGUACGCAAGAUACUGAAGAGAGGAGAAUUUACUGUUACUAUCUUCUCCGCUAUGUCUAAUCACGGAAACACUACAGGAGUCAAUGAAGGACCCUCAUCCUUCGAGUCAGCCAGCACUGGAAGUUCUGUUGCCCACUCAACAUCUGAGACCCAUUCAAAGAACAACGCCAGCUCUUAUGAGACAUUCGCCGAUCUCCCUGUUCAUCGUCAAAUUGAUCUCGCUGACCGUUCUGGAUUUACCGUUAGACAAUUAACCAUUGCCAACAUACCAAAAGUAGUCUCAGAAAAUUCGACUUCAAACUCCUCACCAAGAUUGGAAAAUGAAGCCUCAAAUGGUUCUCCCACAACACCCUCUACCUCUGCUUCUUUGUCCUCGGAAUCAUCUGCACAUUCGGAGCCAGUGGUUACAUCACCAACCUCCUCUGCUGUGACGUCUCCCACAUUAGAAAGUUCUUCUUCUCGUCGUGAUCACCAAACCACUCCUCCCUCGUCAUCGAAUCGCAUGCUGUCGAUAGCACAACGCAAUAUCUUACGCAGUGCAGCUGAGGCCAUCUCAAGAAUCGACUUAGGAGCUUUGAGAAAUCUGCGAAAAAGAAAUCGCUCUACAAGCCCAACCACUACAGCAUCGGGCUUACUUUGGGGCUCUCGCUCUUCCGACCGGCACAGUGACAAACUGAAACUCUCGAACUCUGAGUCAGCUUUGGACUCGGAAUCUAGGUCACUGCUGCAUGGUCUGCCAGCUCGUGAGGGUUCAACACUGAGAGCCCCACACGGCCACCUCCAGGGUACACCGAAUCUUAGAUUCAACCCCACUCCCGAUGCGAUGAGGACUCAGUCGUUAGCACUGACUCGCAGUCCCACUCUCCCGCCUCCACAACCAGAAGCUGAUGUUGAGGCUACAAGCGAUGAAAUCUCAAUUGCAGCACCCUACAAUUCUGACUCUCAGGGCUCAUCAGAACACUUAGCUGACGGCAUUGACUUCUUACAUGAAACUUUUGUUUCUUCGCCUGCUGAUGAUGAAAUUAUUUUUGUUGAUGAAUCGGCAAGCCCAUCAGGAGAUCCGUCUGCCGGGGCUGUCGACGAUGUCAUUGGCAUUGGCUGCAUCUACUCGAACUCUGAAGAACCAACUGUGAAAGCCCGCAUGGCGUCUGGAAGACUUGACACACUCAGCGCUAUUAACAUUAAGCUUCCAAUUUUGAGGAAUGACAUCAAAGUGUUAGAAUCUAGCAAACCAGGUCUCUGCUUUACGGCUCCUGAUGUGGAGAAUGUUAGAGCUCUUAUCAGCGACAGAGAUUGGGCAGAUCUUAAGGACCGUCCUGCCUUCAUUCGAUUUCCGAAUGUGGGAGUGGCGCUGCUCGACCCUGGCAAGAAGCUAAAAAGGGACCCACGGUCACUUGCGGAAGCCAACAACAGAGAAGAUAAGCGCUUCUGGUUCGAUGCGGCCUAUUCGGAAUUUGCUGCCAUUGAUGGCAAUCAUGUAUACCAAGUUGUGCCCCUCCCGGCGGGUCGCAAAGCACUUGGCACCAAAUGGGUGCUGAAGAAGAAACUCAACACGGAUGGUUCAAUUGACAAGUACAAGGCUCGUCUUGUUGUUCAGGGGUUUCGUCAAAAGUUUGGUGUUGACUAUGUUGACACCUUUGCACCGGUAAUGAGAUUCAGCACUGUUCGUCUCAUUUUCGCCCUGAGUGCGGCGAAGUUCUUCUCCGCUAUGUCUAAUCACGGAAACACUACAGGAGUCAAUGAAGGACCCUCAUCCUUCGAGUCAGCCAGCACUGGAAGUUCUGUUGCCCACUCAACAUCUGAGACCCAUUCAAAGAACAACGCCAGCUCUUAUGAGACAUUCGCCGAUCUCCCUGUUCAUCGUCAAAUUGAUCUCGCUGACCGUUCUGGAUUUACCGUUAGACAAUUAACCAUUGCCAACAUACCAGUUUGUUCCGAAGGAUGUGAAGCUGAAUUAAAAGUCUUAGCAGACUUGACAGCUUACAUUAGAAACUCAAACUUCAAAGCUAGUCCUCCCCCAUCUCAAAAGGUUAUGAGCUCCUUUGACGCUCCUCAAGCGCCAAAUUUCAAACAAUUUCUCUACAAAAGUGAAUUGGAUUUUUGGAUAUACGGUCUUAUUGGGCAAAUUAACAGCUGCGGCCGGAGUUUUUGGAACAACUAUAUCUAUAAGCCAAUUGUUGGCCAUACUGCCCUUCAGCUUGGUUACGGUAUCAGGUUUGAGAGGGCCCUUGAUGAACUACUCAAGGCUUACAUUUUAAAAACCACGCCUGCAGCUAACCUGGCUGCAGCUGAACAGGCCCGGUGGGACACGUCGCCCGAGUUUCUAAAAACUCCACCUAUGGAUUCGGCGUCUGUGCGGGAAGAAGCCAUGGGGGUCCUAUUUGAACCUGGAAAAAGAAUGGCUCGUAUAGAUCCUGAAAUCCUAGAGCCCGCCGACCUGGGGCGAGUGCUCUCAUUUUACCAACGUCUUAAUCAUAUUGGUUUGCGCAUAUCCCCAAGCCCUGAGCUUAACAUUGUAUUUGCGAUGACGCAAGCUAUCUCAGUAGGAGUUCCAGGUCCUAGUUAUUUCGCCGGGCUUACCAGCAGUGAAAUUGAAACCAAAAUACAAGCUACUGUUACUGAAGCUUCCAAGUGGGCCUCUGUAGUGGAGCAAUAUUUCUUUAACAACCCGGAUGGCACCUUUCACCGUGACCUUAUAUUAGCAGUGCUGAAUAACAACAAGGUUUCAGCAGCUGCUCGCGAAGAUCCUCAGAGUCAUCUCUGGGGGAUUACCAAGUUUGUCGACAUUUUCAAGUCAAGAUCUGGAGGAUGGAGCCCCUGUGAUUCAGUUGAAAUCCCAGCGCUAGUUGAAGCAACUUCUGCAGCCUUCGUAAAAGGUCGAAGAAUUAUUGACGGUUCGACAAAAGUGGUGCCAAAGCAGGAACCCAAGCAAGAACCCAAGCAGGAAUCCAAGCAGGAAUCUUCGAAGAAAGCUGGCCACUCUGAUACCAAGCAUGGAAAAGGGGAAGCAGUGGUCCAAGGGGUCCGAGUUGCUGCCUUGAAAGCUACCGAAUACCUUGAGGUGGCUCGCGACGAUGUUGAAACUCUUUGCUCUGUUGCUCGGGCUAUCCAAGACAUAUUUGAUAAUGACGGCGGAAGCAGUGAUUAUUCGCCAGUUGCUUUUCUUCCACCUGCCAACCAAAUCGCCUCUGUGGGUGAAACAAAUCUUCCAAAUGUUCUCGAUUCUGAAAUGCUACUGGUCACCUUAUCUCAGACAACAGCUACUUUGUGUCGUGACGGUGGCACCAAUAUUUGCCAUAUUGCUGACGCACUUUAUUUUCCUGCUGGGUCUAGCAAUUUGUUUUCUGAUUCUGUCUGGCGCACGCACGAUGUUUCUUUUCAUACGGUCCCAAGUGGGGAUUGUCUGGCCUAUUUUGGUGAGGAAAAGGUUGGUAGGGUUGGCGGUGCCAGAGAUGCCAAGUCUCACAUUUGUGCCAACAUUGUUCCGGUAAAGUUUACUAGGAAUAUCGUACCUCCAACUGGAUCUUUCAAGUUCUCAGGAAAUUCAAUUGACUGGGAUCAGAUUUGCAGACAAGGACCAGAAGCUAUGAGGAAGGUUGAUAAAUCAGCCUUCGCGGUUGGAAAGGGACUACCUGUCCUUUCACAGUCUCUCAAAUUUAUUGCAAAGGAGGCCGUGUUGAAUUCGCAGGCACUUGACUGUCAUGUUCGUUUUGCUCAUUGCUCUUUGACUUCGGUGAAACAUUUAGCCAAGCUUGCUGAUCCUCCCUUUGAGGUGACCAAGCGUGACGAAGAAUUGAUCAAGGACUGUGUCAUAUGUGGCACGUCAAGAAGCAUUAAGAGGUUCACUUCUCCGGAUAAGCAUAUAGCUUCUGAAUCCACGGCUCCGUUAGCCCAGAUUCAUGCUGAUCUCGUCGGUCCCAUAGGUCCUGCCUCUUCAGGGGCCAGGUACAUGCUGAAUAUCAUUGAUGCAUUUUCUGGUUACAUCUAUGCUUUUGCUCUGGAAUCUAAGGAUGAAGCUCCUGGGAAACUUAUCCAGUUCUUUAAGCAGUUUGUGCCCAAAGCUGCUCGCCGUGCUGUUGACGGCAAGGCCACCAAGCUUAUUACUGACAAUGGUGGUGAAUUUAUCUCUGGGACACUUGGAAAAUUUUUAGCAGACUGGGGCGUCAUUCAUAUUUUAACUGCUCCUGAUGAACACCAACAAAAUGGGAAAAUUGAGCGUGCCCACCGCACACUGCGUGAGAUAUCUACUAGAGCCUUGAUGCAGUCGACACUCUGGGCCAAUAUCUACUGGGACUCUGCCUGGCUCUACGCUGUGCAGGUAUAUAAUUUCUCCAUAGUUAAUAAAGCCGGUAUCUCACCUUAUGAAGCCUUUACGGGCAGAAAACCACCUAUAGCACUAGUGCACACAUUUGGCUGCCUAGUUUUUGUCAUUAAAUCUGAGUCUCAGAAACUCAAAGGGACCCUUCAGCCUCGGGGCGAGCCUGCUCUGUAUUUGGGUCCCGACCCGUUAAAUCCUAAGAAUUUUCUAUGCAUUACGAGGAACAAGCGCAUUCGGCGCUGUGUACACGGCAACUUUCGUGACCAUGUCUUGCCUGGCGUUAAAUUUUUUGGCGAAAAGCCAAUUUACGAGGGUGACAUUCUCAUUGACUACAGUGAGGUUGGAAAUCGUGACCCUGACUACAGUGACUCUUCCACUGAUGAAUCAGAAAGUGAAGAUGAAUCUGACUCUGACGACUACUCUCCCACUUCACUCUCUGGUGGUGGUGGUGGUGGUAACUUUGGCUGGACUUAUGUGGGCUCUGAGGGAAGGAGCCACAGAUCCAGCAGAUUGGAGGACCAGGAUUCUACUUCUACACCACCGACACCUAUAACUGAAAACUCUUUUCAACCGUUGGAAGAUGAUGAUGUGGAGCUGGUUGCAGAUGAAUCAAUUAGUGUUGGUGACGACAAAGAUACACUUCAGUCUGAGGACCAUAUAUUGCUCGAAGAUUCUGCUGUUGAUGAUGCUGAUUUGAGAUCGGUGAACUCCAACGUAGCUGUGGUGGCUCAUCAAACAAGUCCGGUGACUCUUCCCAAACAACUACACAUUUUGGAUGAGGAUGACAGUGUGGAUCUUGCGCUGUCUGGAACUGCUGAACUUACCCGCGAGGCUUCAGCUGUUGAAACCGCUAGCCAAUCUGGUGAUGACAAUCAGGAUGCGGUUGACUCAGAAACCAAUGAUGAAGACAUGGAUGGGUCUGUGGAACAUAUACUGGGUUUCGACGAAUUGGAAGACUCAUCAGAUUCUGAAUUUUCGUCUAGCGACGUUGUCAUGGAUUCCUCUACUAAGUUGGAGGAAGCUCCUGCGAGAGAUGUCGGGGUGCCGCAAGGUUUAGGUGACACUCAAGGUACUGCUACAAGCACAAAUAAUCCUGCCAGCAAUCAACUGGUUUUGGCGGCGGCGGAACUUGUACGGGCCACCACCGAGCUAGUAGAAACUACGACGUCUGCAAAUCGGUCUGCCAGAAUGGCUGAGGCGGGCGGUAGUAGGAAGAGGCAUCUAAAUUUAGCGAGAUUAAAAUCUGCGCUGGAACGUGCUGGUCAGCCAGAAAAUCGUCGUUUACAUGCCGGUAGGCGGAGCCAAGUGGCUGGCUCCUCAGGUAUACGGCAGGAGCUACCGGAGCUACCCCCAGCGCCCUCCUCUGAGAGGCUGUUGCUGGGAGCUGGUGGUUCUGAUACUGUUACUACUGCUGCAUCUGGAAGUGGCAGUGAACUGAGAGACACUGCUGAGAUUGAUCGCCCACGCUUACCGCCUGCACCAUCUACUCAGAGGCUCCUGCUAGAGUCUGCUGCGGGUACUGCGGGUGCUGCGGGUGCUGCGGGUGCUGCGAGAGUGCCUGCUCCGUCGUCCAGACACCGUCAUCGAGAAGCCUCUCGGGACACAGUUGUUGUUAACAAAAGAUUAGCUGAUUUGAUUGAGCAAAAUGGCUAUUAUGUUCCUAACAGUGCACUUCAGCGGCUGGCGCGAAAAGAAAAUUCUUCAUUAAUUCUAAAUCGCACAAAUCUAAUUACCCGGCCUACUGAUAACCUUCCACUAAAAGUAGUCUCAGAAAAUUCGACUUCAAACUCCUCACCAAGAUUGGAAAAUGAAGCCUCAAAUGGUUCUCCCACAACACCCUCUACCUCUGCUUCUUUGUCCUCGGAAUCAUCUGCAAUUUCGGAGCCAGUGGUUACAUCACCAACCUCCUCUGCUGUGACGUCUCCCACAUUAGAAAGUUCUUCUUCUCGUCGUGAUCACCAAACCACUCCUCCCUCGUCAUCGAAUCGCAUGCUGAGCUUUGAGAAAUCUGCGAAAAGAAAUCGCUCUACAAGCCCAACCACUACAGCAUCGGGCUUACUUUGGGGCUCUCGCUCUUCCGACCGGCACAGUGACAAACUGAAACUCUCGAACUCUGAGUCAGCUUUGGACUCGGAAUCUAGGUCACUGCUGCAUGGUCUGCCAGCUCGUGAGGGUUCAACACUGAGAGCCCCACACGGCCACCUCCAGGGUACACCGAAUCUUAGAUUCAACCCCACUCCCGAUGCGGUUCCCUUUCUUUCUCACACUCACUCGGCAACACACAAUGUCCCUGCUACGUCAGCAUCAGUAGAUGAGGACUCAGUCGUUAGCACUGACUCGCAGUCCCACUCUCCCGCCUCCACAACCGAAGCUGAUGUUGAGGCUACAAGCGAUGAAAUCUCAAUUGCAGCACCCUACAAUUCUGACUCUCAGGGCUCAUCAGAACACUUAGCUGACGGCAUUGACUUCUUACAUGAAACUUUUGUUUCUUCGCCUGCUGAUGAUGAAAUUAUUUUUGUUGAUGAAUCGGCAAGCCCAUCAGGAGAUCCGUCUGCCGGGGCUGUCGACGAUGUCAUUGGCAUUGGCUGCAUCUACUCGAACUCCUGA